AUGAAACCCCAUCUCGUGCCACUGUUUACAACUGGUUUAAUGAGUUUAAACGUGGUCGCACUAAUCUCACCGAUGAUGUGCGAUGGACGACCUUCUACGGCGACGACUGAAGAUAACAUCAGUGUUGUGCGGCGUAUGAUAGAGGCUGACAAAAGAGUGACCUAUCAGCAGAUCCGGGCAAGCUUAUUGAUUGAGAAUCGAAAAACAGUUACUGCAGAGUGGUACAGUAACAAUUGUUUGCCACGUGUUUUGGAAAAAGUGCGUGAGAAACGACCUCCCAGUAGGAUCCUCCUUCACCAAGACAAUGCUUCGUCGCACACCGCCAGGCAAACGAUCGAUUAUUUGGCGACCUCAGAUGUAGAACUACUGGGUCAUCCGACUUAUAGCCACAACCUCGCACCUUGUGAUUUUUAUUUAUUCCGAAAAAUAAAAGAAAAACUUCGAGGAAAACGUUUUAUGAACGCCGAGGAAGCUGUUGCUACGUUUCAGAAGGUGUCCGAUGACAUCGGCUACGUGAUAUACUCGGCACUGGGGAGCUUCUACAUCCCAUCGUGCAUCAUGGUGUUCGUAUACAUUAGGAUAUACUUCGCAGCUAAGGCUAGGGCCAGGAGAGGCAUCAGAAAAAAUCCUCGACCAAGGCCGAACGAGCAACAAACGAGCUUUACUAACCCGCCCAGAGGCACACGGCCAAUGCCUGCGACUCACCCCAUGCCAGCUGGACACAUCAAUACCAACAAUAAUGGGGAAACACAAAUAGCAACUAUAGAAACUCCACAAGUCCAAAUACCAACGGUGACAUGUGAUUUAGCGUCAGACAUAUCGACAAGCGAAGCGGGUGACACCGUACCUCCUCCCCCAGACGAACGAAAAGAUACGCUUAAGGUGGUAACAUCAGCGCAAGUAACAAAAAAUCCGUUAGCAUCGUGUCCUCUCAGAAGUUCGACGCUAUCAGUGAACGGUGAGCUCCAACUUCAACAGACGCGGGGCCGGGCACCGAGCAUGGCCAUCGACGCUGACAUGGUAUCUGAACUAGAACCUUCUUCCUCAGAUUCCGGCGUCGUAAGCCGCUGCGGAGGCGUCAAACCCCUAAAGCUGAGGAUCUUCAAAAAAUCCGACAGGAAACAAGAGAAAUCUCAGCCCAGCAGAUCCGAGCUAGAACCGGCAUUGCCGAAGCCGCACAAGCCGAGAGAUCCUGAGAGAGAGAAGAAACGAUUAGCCAGAAAAAAAGAGAAGCGUGCUACUUUAAUAUUAGGCUUAAUUAUGGGCAGUUUCAUUGCGUGUUGGCUGCCGUUUUUCUUUUUGUACAUUUUAAAAGCUGCCUGCAGACAGUGUGUGAUUCCGCCGAAUGCAUUUGCAAUAGCAUUUUGGCUCGGCUACAUGAACUCAGUGCUGAAUCCUGUAAUAUAUACGAUAUUUAAUAAGGACUUUAGGAGGGCGUUUCGCAGAAUAUUGUUUAAGUGAUGUUUAGCUUACCUGUGCUGCUAUAGAUGUGUUGCCAACCGAAUCAUGUUGGCUCAGCGGCGUGCAGCACCAGGUCUUUACAAUGUACGUUAAUCGAAUCAUAUGUCACGUUCACUUGUCAUCACGUAAUGCCGAGUGGAUUGUGGUGAGUUAGACUGUUUGACUGCUGAUACAAGAGUCAUAUUAUUUUUUAAAUCCUUUUUAUUAUCCGUACUUUUAUCGUAUUUCUUUUUUAUUAAUUCAUCCUUUUUGCAGUGGAUCAGAAUAAGCUGAUAAUAAUAAUAAUUAUGAUGCACUUUAAAAAUAAAUAUUUUUAUGGUAAAUAACUAAAAUUUUGAAUGAAAUUAAUCGUAUAUGAUAUUAAUAUUAGCUUAUAUUCGUUACUACAUUCACGUAGUAGUCAAAAUAAAAAAAAUAUACGUAAUUUAGGAUUAAUUGAUAUUAACCUUUACCUUCUAUUCUAGAUGACCAUCCAAUUAACAAAUUACAUACAUAGCGUCAUACAAUUGAUGCGUUAAAUUAAUUCGAUUAGAAAAGUCUCUACUCGUAUAUGCUGAUUAUAUUUUCAUGUAAUAUCAUGACAAACAGACAUAACAAGUAAUAAAAUUCUAAAAAUUACUAACUUGGAUUUUAGUUUGUUAUAAAAAAAUAUUAAUUACAUUUAUUGUUUAUUUUAAAAAGUUUAAUACUUUAAAACAUUUAAAGUGAUUUUAAAAACUAUUUUCUCUUAUUUCAGCAGCCAAAAACUAAAGGGUUUAAUAGAAAAUAGGAUGUAACCUACGUAAUAAAUAAUAGCCAUUGUAAUUUCUUAGGUCGGCUUGUCAUUAGAUUUUAGUAGGGAUAAAUGUCAUUUCAUGUAAAAAUAAAUACGAAUUACCUGUGGAAAAAUAGAAUGCCCAAUCUCAUACAUUAUAUACUAUAUGUAUAUAUUUAUUUAGUAUUAAAGUUACAAAUGGUAAUUUAUUCUUUAUUUAAUUUCAUAGUAAUAGUAAAUUAAAUAUAUUCUACGCAAUUAAACUAAUACUUUCUAACAUUAAAAUAUCCAAUGUUAGAAGGAAACAUUUAGAGAUAGCGCCCUAAACUCCCAGAGCUAAGUCUAUUUGAUGAAGUUCCUCUUCUAAAUUAGCCCAAUUGAAAAUCUAACGCAGAACCUCAUUUUGAAAUUACCAUUUUAAAGGAAAAAUAUCUUAAUCUAACCAAUUCAGAAUCAACAUCAGAGUUCAACUAUUUAUCCCGCCCAUUUUAAGUUAUACAAUUAUAUUAUUAUUAUAAUUAUAAUAUCAUCAUCAUCAAUAUCAUCAUAUAAUAAUAUUAUCAUCAUUUGUAAAGGAUAAAAAUAAUUCUUGCAACUACAAUUAUUUUUAUGAUUUGUCAAAAAAUUCCAUUGAAAAUUAACAGUUUGAAAGUUUUAUUGUUUUUACAUGAAAUGACUAAAACGUUUAUUUGCUAUAAAAAUGUAUUGUAAAGAAGUAAACUCGUUUUAUUUAUUGUAGAUUUUUUUAAUAUUAGUAGCGAAAUUUGUAUAGUUAAACAUACUAAACUGCAAACACACUAAUGGAUUUGAAAUGAUUAUACAUACUUAUGAUAACGUAUUACUUUAAACACUGUAUUAUAUUAUUCACUAAUGGAAUUUCAUAGCUUUAACUUGAAUAUUUUAAAACAUAGCUUAUUCUUAAUAGCUAGCAUUAUUUAGAGUUUCUAUACCAUGCUAGAGACAAUCCAUAAUAUAAAAAUAUAUGUUUCAUCUUCCUAUACAUGUAAUAUAAAUUAUAUUAGUUGAAAUAUAUAUUAUAAUAAAUAAUAGGAGAAUAUGUAUUUGAAAAUAUAUUAAUUUGGAAUUAUAUAUUUUUAUAUUUAUGGUAAUCCCUUGCAGAAAUACCCAUACGCUUAAGGUACGUACAAAGUAUUGUAGAUUUUUGUCUAAUUGUUUGCUGAAAGUGAUGUCCUAAG